AUGUCGAACUCUGCAAAAUCCUCUCCAAUCAAGGACGCCUCUACUCAUUCAACAAUGGGAGGAGAUUCUCUUGUCAUCAAUGCCAUUCCACUUUCAAGUAUACCACCUAUUAGUCCUGCUAAAAGGGUGAAGAAAGCGUCGAAGAAGGUGAAGCCAUCGCAAGUGAUUCUCAACUCUUCAUCUCCCUCUGCUUCAAUUAAGAAAACGAAGAAGAAAAGUAAGAAAUCGAGAACUGAAUCGGGGCGAAGCUUUACAAUGUCUGAACUACAUGUUGAUCCACUGCCAUCGAGUGAUGUUGCUGCUCCUGUCGUUAAUCCUGCAGAGGAUAAUGUUAUCGCAUCUGGUAAGAAUUCUCUUAAUCUAGGCCUUGAUGUUCCCAAUUCUGUUGAAACCCUAGAUGUAGAGAACCCUACUGUGUCUGAAAAUUUGGGGAAAAAGACUGCUGCUGAUAAAGUUGUCAAUGAGAAUCCUGAAGUUAUAAUUGUCAAUGAAACAACUGUUAGUGAUAAGUCCGUUCCUACAUAUUCUGAGGCUAGUGUGGCUAGGAGGACUAGAAGUAGGGCUGAUAAAGGUGUAGAAACUGCUAACACACCUGUCCAAACACCCAAACCAUCUAGGGCUGGAAAAGAUACUGGUAAAAAGCCCCUAUAUGGACCUCCAAAACCUGUGAGUAAGGUGGUUCCUAGAACUGAGACUAAGAAAAGGAAAGCUCCACCAACCAGUGACUCUGAGUUUGAGCCAGAGACAGAUGUUGUUGUAUCUGGUAGCACAUCUAGAAAGAGUAUAGGAAGAAAGAAAGUUCCUCAAUCUGUUCCCUAUGCUCCUUUGGAUAAUGUUUCGUUCCAUCUGGAAAAUGGGUCUGCUAGAUGGAAGUUUGUAUAUCACAGGAGGUUGGCUUUGGAAAGGAACCUAAAAGAUGAUAUCCUUCAAUGCCAAAGUGUUGUUGAAGCUAUUGAGUAUGCAGCAAGUCAUGAAUAUAGGCAAGUAUUUGUUCGUGGGAAGUGUGUCAAAUUCUCACCAACUGUGAUCAACCGACAUAUGCAAAGAAAUACUGAUGAGGUGGCUGCUCUAAAAGUCACAGACAAUGAGGUCUGCAAGGUCCUCACAGGUGGCAGGAUAAAGGUAUGGUCUACCAAGGCAAAGUUGGCUGCAACUUCUCUCUCUCCAUUUUAUGCUGUUUUGAAUAAGAUUGCUGCACACAAUUGGGUGCCUACAACCCACUCAGGUGAUGUGGUCAGAGGAUUGGGAAAGUUCAUUUAUGCUGUGGGUACAAAGGCAAAAGUUGAUUAUGGGUCCUAUUUCUUUCAAGAAACUUUAAGCCAUGCUUUGACCUAUGCUAUUGAGAAACCAGUAGCUCUUCCCACUCUGUUAUGCAAUAUCAUCCUUGAGCAACAUCAAGAUAUUCUGAGAAGCACUGAUGUUCCUUGUAAAAGGAAAGGGAUGAAGCAGAUGAUUGCUGAUCUGACUGAGGCUAGCAGAGCCCUUGAGGCAAGAAAAUUGAAAAUUGAUCGUGUGAUAGAGGCCCUCAAGGCUGAGGAAGCUGCUGAGACUGCUGAGGGUGAGUCUGCUGGACAAGAAGGAGUGGAAACCAGUGGGUCUGAUGAUGAUACUGAUGAAAGCUCUUCUAUCUGA